AUGGAUAAUUGUAAUCCAAUUUUAGCACCAUUAGAAGAGAAACUGAAGUUAACAAAAGAUGGAUCAGGAGAGCUUAUGAACUCAACAGAUUUUAAAGGUCUUGUUGGAUAUAUAAGAUAUUUGACUGCUACAAGACCUGAUAUCAUGUAUGCAGUUGGGUUGGUUAGUAGGUUUAUGAAAUCUCCUAGACAAUCACAUUUACAAGAUGCAAAACGUAUUCUGAAGUAUGUAAAAGGAACAACAAGCAUGGGAAUCUUUUAUAGUGUCUCAGAAGAUCCAAAGUUGGUUGGUUUUACUGAUAGUGAUUGGGUUGGAGAUACAGAAGGUAGAAAAAGUACAUCAGGUUAUGUUUUUCAGUUGGGAACUGGUUUUUUCUCUUGGUCAUCUGAAAAUCAACAAGUUGUUGCAUUAUCUACAACAGAAGCUGAGUAUAUAGCUGCUAGAAAUUGUGCUACACAGGCUGUAUGGUUAAGAAUGAUGCUGAAAUCAUUAUUUCAAGAAAAAACAACACCAACAACAAUAGUUUGUGAUAAUAAGUCGACAAUUUAA